AUGGAGGCGUCUGGGCGCACCCUGCUGCUUCUGCUGCUGCUGCUGGCGGCGGGUGGUGCGGGCGCACAGGGCGGUCAGGGCGCGCGGUGGAGCGGUGAGGGCACCAACCCUCACUUGGAGAGCAUCUUCCUGGGCCGCUGUAGUGACUACACCUCGCUUCUCAGUCCGGAACUGAGAGACAAGAACUGCACAGCCAUCUGGGAGGCCUUUCGCGUGGUGCUGGACAAGGAUCCCUGUGCUGUUGUUCCCUCCGACUAUGACCGUUUUAUUGACCUCUCCUGGCAUGCCAUUCCCAAAGACAAGUCCCUCUUCUGGGAGAACAACCACCUACUCGUGACCAGCUACUCGGAGAACGCCCGUCGCUUCAUGCCUCUGUGUGAUGUCCUGUACGGCAGGGUCGGCGAUUUCCUGAGCUGGUGCCGACAGACAAACGGCUCUGAACCCGACUACCAGUCCUGCCCUACAUCGGCAGAUUGUGAAAACAAUCCUGUGGAUUCUUACUGGAAAAGGGCUUCCAUUCAGUAUUCCAAGGAUAGUUCGGGGGUGAUUUACGUCAUGCUGAAUGGUUCUGACCCCAAUGGAGCCUAUCCUCUUCAGGGGUUUUUUGCAGACUAUGAAAUCCCAUACUUCCAGAAAGAUAAUGUCACAAGGUUUGAAGUCUGGGUAAUGCAUGAAAUUGGUGGACCCAAAGUGGAAUCCUGUGGCGAAGGCAGCGUGAAAACACUGGAAGAGAGACUGAAGGGAAUGGGUUUUGAGUACAGCUGUAUUAACGACUACCUGCCAGUGAAGCUCUUGAAGUGCGUGGACCACAGCACUCAUCCUGAUUGUGCCUUAAAUUCGUGA